AACUAUUCCGUCUUAGUGCUGCACCGCUUGUAAAGCCUCCUGCCCUACAACAACACGAUAUUUCUUGCGGAGCUUUUUUACUGAGCAGACGGGCCUUUAUUCUACGCCUUCAGCUUGUAUAUCAUUUCUACAUAUACGCCGAUGCGCAGCCCUUGGCGAGACCGAUAACGGAAUUAUUUAAGGCUUUAGCACACUACUAAUUGCAGCAAUAUGGCGGUGGCCCAGCGCCCCGAGAAAACCCAAUGGAACAACAUGAUUGCUGGGGGUGUGGCGGGCUCGGUGGCGGUGCUUUUCCUCCAUCCUUUCGACGUCAUCAAAACUCGCUUGCAAGUGCAAGAUGGAGCAGCAUUAAUGGGCACACAGUACAAGAACGCGUUCGAUGCAGCACGGAGCCUUAUGGCGCAAGAAGGCUGGAAGUCCUUCUAUAAAGGGCUGACGCCGGCGCUCAUCGGUUCAGGCGUGUCCUGGGCCGCCUACUUCGCGAUCUACGAGGCGGUGAAGGCGUGGCACUGCCGCUGGCAGGGGCGGGAGCGGCUCAGCCCAGGCUGGAACAUGGCCAGCGCGGCGCAGGCGGGGGCCAUGGUCUGCCUGCUUACCAACCCCAUCUGGCUCGUGAAGACGCGGCUGCAGCUGCAGCGCAUGCCGCUAGCAGGAGCCGGUACGGCAGCAGCGGCAGCAGCAGCGGCAGCGGGUACGGCAGGGCGGCAGGUGCUGCCGUACAGCGGGUUCCUGGACGCCAUGAUCCGCAUCGGGCGGGAGGAGGGGCUGCGGGGGUACUACAAGGGGCUGGGGCCCUCGCUGUUCCUGCAAACCCUGCAUGGUGCCGUACAAUUCGCGGUGUACGACGAACUCAAGUUCUUCGCCUCCCGCUUCGGUCGCGGCGCUGAGGAGUCGGACCGGCAGCUGAGCAGCGGCGAGUUGAGCCUCUUCGCCGCCUCCUCCAAGCUAACCGCCAGCGUCACCACCUACCCCUCGCAGGUAAUCCGUGCCCGGCUGCAGCAGCGCAUGGAUGUGGACCGAGCCCUCGUCUACCGCUCCACGGCACAGGCGGUCCAGCUGACCUGGCAGCGGGAGGGGUUGCGGGGCUUCUACAAGGGGCUGGGCCCCGCACUGCUCCGGGUGAUGCCUCAGAGCGCCGUGACGCUGCUGGUGUACGAACAUGUGCUGCGGUGGCUGGAUGCGGCGGGGGAGGAGCGGGUGAGGAAGGAGGCGGAGAGGAAGGAGGCGGCGGAGAGGGAGCGGCAAGGGGGAGCGGGAAUGGGGGCGGGGAAUGGGAUGGGGAGUAAUGGGGCGGAGGUGGCGGCGGUGGCGGCACCGGCGAAGGAGCUGUAGUAGGGAGGGGAGUAUUUUGGGGUCGGAAUGCCGUGUUUGCUGCUGUUAUGUGCAUGCGUAUGUGUAUGUGUAUGUGUGUCACAAUAGGAGAUAUGUUAUACCGAAUGUACGGUAGUGUACGGCUGGCCGCCGUUACAUUCGGUACAAAGCAGUAUCUUGGGCGCGCCCUCUUGCUGAACCCCCCCUUCGUGACAGCGCCGCUGUUAUUGGGCAUUAUGGCACAGGUUUGGUGUUAUGGACGGCGGUAGUUGUGCUUGGCGUUUCGGCCGGUGGUUGGGUGGUCGGUGUUGUUUCGGGUACGGAGACUGCAGAUGGCGGUGAGUCAACCGUCGUGCGUUGUUGAGAACUGGAUUUACGCGGAUUCACGUACACGGACCAUAAACACGUCAGCAAGAAGGCUGAACUGCAGUGGUGCAGGGUGGCGUCCAACUCACGGUUUGCGAUGCCGACGAGGCGCCGAACGCACAGUGGUAUUGUUGCGGGAGCUGUCAGCGAACCCCUUCGUGGUACCCAACGCAUGCUUCCGUCGUAUGGCUUGCGCAAGUAGGCGUUCAGGUGGUAGGGGGAUGACCCACUGAUGACCCACUGGGUGUGCGCGAUUGCCUGUUCACCUUUGUGGAGCAGGUGCAUUCGGUGCAUGGGAUGUGGUAACUAUCACCCGCAUUACGGACCGCUUUGCAUAUAGGCAGGUAGGACACGGUAACUAAGUAACAGAGAAGCGGUGAUUCGGCUAGGGGGGUUUCCGCUAAAGGUUUGAUGGCUGUUGUUUUGGAUGAUGUUGGAUAUGGUUGGCUGUUACCCAGAGACCCAUGGGUCGGCAUAUCACUAUCGGCUAUACGUCGCCUUGGGUGAGAUCGAGAUCUCGUUUGGAUUUGUUUGGAUUUAAUGUCGUGUUUAUGGCGUAUUGCUGUGCGCUAUGUGAAUGGCGUGUUUGCUUACCCUGUCAGCUAGCUGCUGCUCGAUAACCCUACCCAACCAUGAGGUGGGUAAAGAGGGGAGCGAGAAACAAACAGGGUGUCUCUAGCUUCGUCUUCUCCGCAUCUAUGGAAACUGUAUUGGGAGCUUCGCGACAGAAUCAAUAAUGUUGUCCAAUGAAGAGCACUGGUAUCCUACAUGGUUUCGUUGGCACCGUUCUUGCCGGAGAAGGUCGGAAAGUAGUGUUCAUGUGUGCCGUUCCACCCACUUUCCCUCGAGUAAUAAAUAUAAAGCUUGACGACAC